AUGGGUAAUCCGUCCGAUAACUCUAGCGCACGCCCGAUCGAUUUGCAGCAGGUUAGAGAUAAACUUGUUGCAGCAUCGUCUGAUCUGUAUUAUGUCUCUGAGGGGGAUGAACCACUUGAAUUUGUGUUCUUUGAGAACAAGGAACUCGAACGCCUACCCGAGUCAGCGCAGCUAUUCGCUGAAUCAACAACGAACCUCGAUUCUUCACAUGCUCGGGAAGAAAUGGAAACGGAAUGCGUAGACAAGAAACAAUUUUUUGGCCCUUUAACGAUAUCUGACCACGAUCCAUAUGGACAACAAGAGAAAUAUCGGAAAUUGGAACAAACUAUGGAAGAGUUGUUUGGCAGUGAUAAUGUGCUAGUGUAUAAAGUGAAAGGGAGACUUUAUAGUACAACAGAAAUUUACAUUGUGGGAUUGAUACGUGGACUGGGUAUUGCUGGUAUACGGACUCGGAGUAUUGAAACUUGA